AUGUCGACUUAUCGCGGCCGCACGGGGCCCAAUUUCUCCGAGUAUCUCAACAAUCUGAACACAUUGGCCUCGCCCUACGAUCAGGAGCAUUUCUCUCCAGACGAGAUCGAAUUGAGUCAGGAUUUGGCAAUGUUCACCAAUACCGACUUCACCCAUUUCGAUAUUCCUCCUCUACCUGAAGACGGUUCCUUCAACUUUGACGUCAACGAGGCGAAGAACAACCACAAUUCGAACAUCAAAUACGAGGACCUUCUCUCUGGGCCCGAACCGGUCCAGAACACCUACCCUCAGCCCAACAUCGAGACAUCCGCAGCCGAGUCGUCGCAGUUUUACAGCACCUAUAACACCCCCAUUCAGCCCGCGCCGGCUUCCGGCGUAGGAAACGUGGAACACCGCGCCUCUCCCAGUGUUUCGUCAACGGGGCCAAUCCCGGCAUCCCGGAAGAAGAGCGUCACUGUCGACUUCAACGCCAUGGGCGCAGAGGAGAGGUCUCGCCUCGCCGCAGAAGAAGACAAACGAAGACGGAACACGGCUGCUAGCGCACGUUUUCGAGUGAAGAAGAAGCAAAGAGAACAGGCCCUGGAGCGCACAGUAAAGGAGGUUCAAGAUGUGAAUGCGAAACUAGAAGCGAGACUAUCUCAGUUGGAAAUGGAGAACAAAUGGCUCAAGGAUUUGAUCACCGAGAAGAAUGGGCUUCAGUCCAAGGAAGAGAUGGCUGCCGCGUAUCAACAAUUCCGCAAAGACAGCGAAGAACGUGAUCUGAAAGCCUCUGAGCACACCACCGGGGUCGGAACCAACUGA